CGGAUUCCCUGCGCUCUUCGUUGAAGCUUCGUCGGGUCCUUGGAGCGCCAUCGAGAGAGCUAGAGCAAUUUGGCCACAUCUCGCUUCGACUGAUUUUGCGCAGCACGGUCCUGUGGGCUGCUAAUCCUGCGUCGUUUGUGGCCGUCGGUGUCGGCCUUUCUCCGAAUCGUUUCUUCUACUUUCGAGUCACCGCGAGAAGCUUCCUCGAGUCUACUCGACAUCGAAUUCGGAGCGUCGAAGUGCCGGUGUCGUGCCUCUUCGAGCUAGAAUUUUUGUGCAUAGCGCUGAAGAUACUCUGAGGGGCGAACGAGAUGUUGGCAUCGCCUGGCCACUCGCCUCGCCAUGUUCCUCCAUCCCCAUCAUGUAGCGUGAAGAGCGUGGGAACUGAUGUCGGGCUUAGAACAUCACUGUCCCUCGCCUCGACAUCGGGGAGGACAUCCAUGCGCCCUCCUCUUCCGAGAAAGCGAAAGUCAGCAGCAAUUGCCUUGGAUGAAGACACUUACGUGGCUGCUGUGGAGAAAAUUAUCGAAAGGGACUUUUUCCCAGAUAUUCCGAAGCUUCAAAAUCGGCUGGAGUGGCUGGAGGCUGUUAGGACAGGAGACCCUGUUGUAAUUCGAGAAGCACAAAUGAAUAUAAUCAGGAGACGGCGGGACAAGGAACGAGAAAAACUCUCUGACAGGGACGGUGGCGAAGCCUUCUCAACACCUGGGUCUUUUGUGUCAGGAGCCUUCAGCCCGCUUCUUUCUGUGAGGUCUUCACCAGCACCCUCGCAAUUGUUCAUGGACACCGAUGGAAAUGCUAUACCUAAUUCAUCGUCCGGAGAUACUGACUCUUCGGUGGAUACAUCCCUUACCUUAGAUCAGUUCUUAAGCCGCUACACAAGUGAAGACAAUGCAAGUUUCUCGAGGAUUUUGAACAAAGUGAACAAACAAAAGAGGGAGAGAUUCCGUUUUCUUUCUGAGAACGAGCUUGUCUCGCCUACUUUGAGAAUCACUUCGGCCGAAGACCGUGUUACUGAUGGUUUUGGUACUUCUGGACAACCGGAGGCCACAUUAGAUACUUGGGCCUACAAAGCCAAGAAUCUUCUUAUGUACGAUUCUGCAGACAGGGAUGAUGCACCUCUUACUGAGAGAGAGAGGGAAGAAAAAGUUGAGGGGCCACCGAAGGAAAUUAGCAAGACCAACACACGGUUUCAUGGGAAGAUGUUUGACUCUAAGGUUCGAGAGGAAGAUACGGUGGCCAUUUUGUACACUCCUGUUCCCGGGUCCACCCCGGCUGCGUGGCCGUUUGCUGAACGGGAUGCCGAGAGAGCUCGUAGAAGAUACGACCUUGAAGAUCUUCGGAAGAGUCCACAAACCUUUGGCGAUGGCGGGGCGUCCAGAAUCGCAUUUAAAAGCGGUGUCUCCGGGUACAGUUAUGUGGCUACCCCCUCGAUGACUCCGGGUGUCGAAGAAUCACCUUUCAUGACGUGGGGAGAGAUUGAAGGCACCCCACUGAGACUAGAGACAGAGGAUACCCCCGUCGGUAUAGGUGGUAGUGGGGAUGGUCCUCAAUUCAAAAUCCCUGCCCCACCUUCUAGAGAUGCAAGGGCGCACAGUUUGUCUAGGGAUGCCGCGCGCAGUUUGAGGGAGAAAUCGAAGGUACUACAUGUAAGCCACACACCGUCACCAGCUAGAGGUUCCUCAAGUCCAGGUAUGAAGACCCUUUCGGCUGCAGCUCAGAAAUUUGUAAGCAAAGCGAUGGCCAAGAGUUGUUCGGCAGUGGAUGCAAGGCUGAGGGCGAGUUAUAGAGCCAGCACCACUCCAGGCACCCCGAGAAUGGCUCGUGAUGCGGUUAGAUCUAGAGAAGGAAGUGUAGCAUCAAGAGAAGGGAGCCUUCCACUGCGAUCUCCUUCGGUUGUCCGAGAGGCAAGCAUUCCCUUGUGAUUAUAUCACACGCAGGCACGGCUAGACAGAAAACGGAAUUGACAACCCACACGAACAUUUGAUGCUCGCGAGAUUUGUAUAAUAUGCCGAUUGUCACUUUCCUCAGGUGGCCUUUUUGUUAUUACAAUAACGUACGACAGAUAGCUGUUUGCGAUUGUACUGCGAGUUGGCACGUCGCCACUAUUUUGUUGGAUAGAGUCGCAUCACAUAAUGUAACUAGAUUGUGCAGAUUGUGUAUGAUCACGGUCUGCGUGCACCUGGAAGUGGUGGAGGUUCUCGUGACGCUGAAUCGUCUGUCUGUGUGCCAACUGUGAGGCGCAAUUUUUUGUACUACGUUCUGUUAAAUAUCAGUUGGAAAGAAUUUUUAAGUUGAAUUGUUCUGUAUUGAGGUUUG